AUGAGCUACCUGCUCCCCCACCUGCACAGCGGCUUUGCCGUGGACCAGGCCAUCCUGUCGGAGGAGGACCGGGUGGUCAUCAUCCGCUUUGGGCACGACUACGACGACACAUGCAUGCAGAUGGACGAGAUUCUGGCGGGCACCGUGGAGCGCAUGAAGAACUUUGCGGUCAUCUACCUGGUGGACAUCAGCGAGGUGCCGGACUUCAACGCCAUGUACGAGCUGUACGACCCCUGCACAGUCAUGUUCUUCUUCAGAAACAAGCACAUCAUGAUUGAUCUGGGCACGGGCAACAACAACAAGAUCAACUGGGCAAUGAAUGACAAGCAGGAGUUUGUAGACAUUGUGGAGACGGUGUUCCGUGGGGCGCGCAAGGGCCGUGGUCUGGUUGUUUCUCCCAAGGACUAUUCAACGAAAUACAGAUACUGA